AGGUGGUAGUGCAACGAUAUCUACUCUGUGAUUGGUCCACACGGCUAUAGGAUGUUGCAAGGAAGUUUCACUUACUACUUUUGUCAUUAGUUUUCUCCUUGUUUUAAAGAAUCCACCUAACAGACCACACAAAUUACUCAUUCAUAUUCUCCAUUUUCAAAGUCUUUUUUCAUCCAUAUUCUUUCAAUUCUCAUGGCUAUGCAAUCACCUUCCAGAGUGUUCCUCAAUUUCAGGGGCAGUGACACUCGCAACAAUUUUACCGGUAAUCUCUAUAAGGCUCUUGUUGACAAGGGAAUUAAUACUUUCAUUGAUGAAAAUGAUCUUCAAAGAGGAGAUGAAAUCACAUCAUCACUUGUCAAGGCCAUCGAAGAAUCUGGGAUUUUUAUUCCCAUAUUUUCUGCCAACUAUGCAUCUUCUUCAUUUUGUUUGGACGAACUUGUCCACAUCAUUCACUGCUACAACACAAAGAGUUGCUUAGUAUUGCCCGUUUUCUAUGAUGUGGAACCUACUCACAUACGACAUCAGAGUGGGAGUUAUGGUGAGCAUCUUACUAAGCAUAAAGAGGGGUUCCAAAAUAACGAGAAAAACAUGGAGCGAUUGCGUCAAUGGAAGAUGGCUCUUACUCAAGCUGCUAACUUGUCCGGCUAUCAUUAUAGUCCUCAUGAAUCUGAAUGCAAGUUUAUUGAGAAGAUAGUCGAAGGCAUCUCCAACAAGAUCAAUCAUGUUUUUUUAAACGUAGCCAAAUACCCUGUUGGAUUGCAGUCCCGAAUAGAACAAGUGAAAUUGCUUCUUGACAUGGGCUCUGAGAAUGAGGUCCGCAUGGUAGGAAUUUUUGGUACCGGAGGCAUGGGUAAAUCAACACUUGCAAAAGCAGUUUUUAAUUCUAUUGCUGAUCAAUUUGAAGGUGUAUGUUUUCUUCAUAAUGUCAGAGAGAAUUCAACUCUUAAGAACUUGAAACAUCUCCAGAAGAAGCUCCUUUCAAAAAUAGUUAAAUUUGACGGUCAGAUAGAAGAUGUUAGUGAGGGAAUACCAAUUAUAAAGGAAAGACUAUCUAGAAAGAAGAUUCUUUUGAUUCUUGACGAUGUUGACAAACUGGAGCAGCUAGACGCUUUGGCUGGAGGACUUGAUUGGUUCGGUCUUGGAAGCAGAGUCAUCAUUACCACUCGUGAUAAACGCUUACUAGCCUAUCAUGUGAAUACAAGUACACAUGCAGUAGAAGGGUUGAAUGAGACAGAAGCUCUUGAAUUAUUGAGCCGAAAUGCUUUUAAAAAUGACAAAGUUCCUUCAAGUUAUGAAGAUAUUUUAAACCGUGUAGUUACUUAUGCAUCUGGCCUUCCGUUAGCUAUAGUAACAAUAGGGGCCAAUUUGAUUGGAAGGAAGGUAGAAGAUUGGGAGCGUAUAUUAGACGAGUAUGAAAAUAUUCCCGAUAAAGAUAUCCAAAGGAUACUUCAAGUAAGCUAUGAUGCUUUGAAGGAAAAGGAUCAGAGUGUCUUUCUAGACAUUGCUUGUUGCUUCAAAGGGUGUAAAUGGACAAAGGUUAAAAAAAUACUUCAUGCUCAUUAUGGCCAUCCCAUAGAACAUCAUGUUGGAGUGUUGGCUGAAAAAUCUCUCAUAGGCCAUUGGGAAUAUGACACUCAUGUGACCUUACAUGACUUGAUAGAGGACAUGGGUAAAGAAGUCGUCCGACAAGAAUCUCCCAAGAAGCCUGGAGAACGCAGUAGGUUGUGGUUUCGCGAUGAUAUAGUUAACGUUUUAAGAGAUAAUACGGGAACUGGGAAUAUUGAAAUGAUAUAUCUCAAAUAUGCCUUCACGGCAAGAGAAACAGAGUGGGAUGGAAUGGCUUGCGAGAAGAUGACAAAUCUCAAAACACUUAUCAUUAAAGAUGGUAACUUUUCAAGGGGUCCUGGGUAUCUUCCAAGUAGUUUGAGAUAUUGGAAAUGGAUAAGUAGUCCUUUGAAGUCUCUAUCUUGUAUUUCGAGCAAGGAGUUCAACUAUAUGAAAGUUAUGACAUUGGACGGUUCUCAAUAUUUAACCCAUAUACCCGAUGUCUCAGGUCUUCCAAAUCUAGAAAAGUGCUCCUUUCGAGGAUGUGAUAGUUUAAUUAAAAUUCACAGUUCGAUUGGACAUCUAAAUAAACUUGAAAUCUUAGAUACAUUUGGUUGCAGCGAACUUGAGCAUUUCCCACCCUUACAGCUGCCCUCUCUUAAGAAAUUUGAAAUCACUGAUUGUGUGAGUCUCAAGAAUUUUCCAGAAUUAUUAUGUGAGAUGACAAAUAUAAAAGAUAUUGAGAUAUAUGAUACUUCCAUAGAAGAAUUGCCAUAUUCAUUUCAAAAUUUCAGUAAACUUCAACGGUUAACAAUAUCUGGAGGCAACCUACAGGGAAAGCUCAGGUUCCCAAAAUAUAAUGAUAAAAUGAAUUCAAUAGUGAUUUCAAAUGUGGAACAUCUUAACCUCGCAGGCAACAGCCUCUCAGAUGAAUGUCUCCCAAUACUUCUCAAGUGGUUUGUUAAUGUGACAUUUCUAGAUUUAUCCUGUAACUACAAUUUCACAAUUCUUCCCGAGUGCCUUGGUGAAUGUCACCGUCUUAAGCAUCUUAAUUUGAAGUUUUGCAAGGCUCUUGUGGAAAUUAGAGGGAUUCCACCAAAUCUUGAAAUGCUUUUUGCAGUCAUGUGUUAUUCAUUGAGUUCCUCAAGUAUAAGAAUGUUAAUGAGUCAGAAACUACAUGAGUCUGGAUGCACCCAUAUUCUAUUCCCAAACACAACGGAUAGGAUUCCUGAUUGGUUUGAGCACCAAAGCAGGGGAGACACAAUUUCUUUCUGGUUUGAUAAAGAACUCCCUUCUAUUAGCUUUACUUUUAUUCUUAUUAGUCAGGGGGACUACAUGUUACCAAUAGUCAAAUUCUUUGUGAAUGGCUAUGAAAAAGAGAUAAGUUGCGACGAAUUGACUAGGGAAUUCGGUGAGCUAGUGGAUGAUGACACUGUGUUGGAGAACCAUACAACUUUGUUGCAUAUAAAAUUGGAACAAGAUAAUGAACUCGGUGAAAGACUUUUGAAAAAUGAAUGGAUCCAUGUGGAGUUUAAGUUACAGGAUUAUUAUUGGCACGCUGAGAGAAGAUUAUUCAGAAAUACGCAAAUGGGAAUCCACGUGUGGAAGGAGAAAAGCAACAUGGAGGGGGGUGUGAGAUUCAUUGAUCCUUCAUUAUCACAAUUUAUGCAAAGAUUGGUGGAAGUGGGAGUUUCAGAGAAAGGGGAGGAGGAGGAGGGUUUUAGUGACACGGAGGAGGAUGUAAUAUUGAAGAAUCCUAAUAAUAGAAAGACUUGGGGUACAUUCCUUAGUCUAGGUGCAUCAAAAAGCAACACGGAUGGGGAUGAGAUUGAAAUAUUAAGCAGUGCACAAGAUGAAAGAAAGAUGUGGGGUACAUUCCUCGGUUUAGGUCCAUCAUAAAGUUAACCGUCUUCUUGUUAUUCUCUCAAUCUCAACAUUGCAGGUUUGUGCUUUGAUGUUUAUACUUUGUAUAAAUGUUGAUUAAUUUCUGUAUGUAGUCAGUUACAAAUUCAAUGUUUCUAGUUGGAGAAGUUUCUUAAACCAUGAGACAUGAUGUAAGUUUCUGUGUGUCUAACACCGAUACAUGUAAUACUAUUAAACUAUAUUAUUAUCUCAAAGGACUACCAAUGUCAA